AUGUUGCGGGGAAUUGUUGCUCUCAAUAAUGCUCGCCAAAGUCUGGAAUCCGCAAAUGUAAGGCUAGAUCCAAAGGAUGCAUUCCCUGAAUGCACUAAUUUAACCCAAUUAGAUGGAAUUGGAAAUUCAAAAAUUCGCUCCAUUGUAAAGGAUGGAUUUUUCUGCAUUGUCGGAUCUUGCAUGCUAGCAGGAAAGGGUGAUUAUGAAGUCAUUAAUGCUCGUCCAACUAAAAAAGGCGAAUCUUACGAGUACAUUAAGUCAUCUCCUGUACAACAAGCAUUGGCAAGCCUUGGAACUGUGACUGGACCUAAUGAAUCCCAAGAACCUGUUACAAAAGUUAAAUGUAUCUCUUCCGAAGGCUGUAGAAUUCAAUACAUGGAAAUCCCUAUUUCAUACUACUAUAGUUUUAAUUCGAGUAACACAUCAUUAACAAUUGGAUCAAAGUCAAUUGUUUCUACCAACUUUAAAGGAAAAAUGAGCUUAGAUGUUUAUUAUCAAGGAUCAAAGAGCAAAAAGUGA